UCGAAGAUAGCAAAGUAAGUCACUUUGAGAGUAGAGAUAGGUCAGUAGGUAGUGUAAUCUAGCACUGUGACAGGCGGACUUUUACUUGCUAACUUUUGUCAAUAUUUCCGUGGACAAAGACCGUGCCUACCGCCUACUAGAGAAUUACCGUCGGAACAAAAUGCAUGACGCAUACAUUUAUUUACCCGUCCUGAAGAGUCUACCAUUGGCUAUUGAAUGUAUCGCUUGUUGGGGAGAAGAGAAGCUAUUCAAACAGAACAGAUUUUCUAUAAAUGAUGGAGAUGUGUCAGAAAAUGAUAACUCAGCACCAGAUCUCCCUAAAGCAACUUUGUUGGUUGGAACAAAGCCAGGACAUUUGCUUGUUUAUAGUGUUGAACAUAAUCCAAAUGUACAUAACAGAGCUGAAGUAAAGUUGGAACGAUCAAAUAGAACAUUUUCAAAGAAACCAAUUCAACAAUUAUUUGUCUGUGUUGAACUUAAAUUAAUAUUAAGUUUGUCAGAUUCCAUGGUUUCUGUUCAUGAUUUGACAACAUUCCAGUUGAUAACUACCUUACAAAAAUCUAAAGGAGCAGCAUGUUUUUCUGCUGAUCUUGAGUCACGAACAUCCUCACAAGGUGAAACUGCUCACACUUUAAGAUUAUGCAUUGCGGUCAAAAGAAAACUACUACUUUAUUUUUGGAAAAAUCGGAGUUUUCAUGAGCUAUGUCCAGAUAUCAGCAUGCCUGAGAUACCAAAAUGUAUGGCUUGGUGUCGUGAUUCAGUUUGUCUUGGUUUCAGAAGAGAAUAUUUCAUGGUUACAGUGAAAGCAAAUUCUGUUCCAUAUGAAUUAUUUCCUACAGGGAAGCUCAUGGAACCAGUGAUGACAAAAUUAGAUGAAAACAGAUUAAUUUUAAUGAAAGAUGAUAUGAGUAUAUUUAUCGAUAAGGAUGGUACUGGUGAAAAACAAGUAUUCAAGUGGUCAGAUGCACCCAUAGAUAUAGAAACCCAAGCACCGUAUAUACUAGCAGUAUUGCCAUCAUAUGUUGAAAUUAGAACUCUUGAACCAAGACUUCAGAUUCAAAACUUUGAAUUACCAAAACCAAGGUUUAUUACUAAAUGGAAGGAAUGGAUAUUUGUUGCCUCACUUACUCAUGUUUGGGGAUUGGUACAAGUUCCCAUAGCAGAUCAAAUCAAACAAUUACUACUUGAUAAACAAUUUGAACUUGCGUUGCGAUUAGCUGAAAUGAUUGAAGAAGAUGAAAUACAUCAAUCAAGAAGAAUCAAACACAUUCAGAAUUUACUUGCAUUUGAAUUAUUUUGUCAAGGACGAUUUGAGGAAUCUUUGAAAAACUUUUCUAAACUAGGAACAGAUCCAGCUCAAGUGAUUGGCCUUUAUCCUGAUCUUCUUCCAGAUGUUUUUCGAAGCACUCUUACAUAUCCAUCUGACACUCCUGAUUUGAAAGGUUCUCAACUUGAGAGAGGAUUGCUGGCACUCAUCGAAUAUUUAACUGAGAAGCGUAAUGAAACAAUGAUGGAGAAUGAACUUCCUCCAGCCACACCUAUUGUUGAAGGAAAUAAAAUAAUAAGAUCAAAAGAUUCCUUGUUAAAAAUCAUAGAUACCACGUUAUUAAAAUGCUACCUCAAGACAAAUGAUGCUUUGCUCGCUCCAUUAUUAAGAUUACCAGACAAUUACUGCCAUGUGGAAGAAUGUGAACGAGUGCUGAAAAAAGCUCAAAAAUAUCGAGAAUUAAUCAUUUUGUAUAGAAAGAAAGAUUUACACAGAAAAGCACUCAAUUUAUUAGUAUCCCAGAAAGUUGAUCCAGUGAUUGAGGCACAUAAAGCAACCAUUGAAUAUUUACAGCAUUUGGGUAAAAAUCAUUUAGAACUUGUGUUUGAAUUUGCACCUUGGGUGUUUAAAGUUGAUCAAGAAGAUGGUUUAAGAAUUUUUACUGAUGACAUCACAGAAGUUGAAAGUUUGCCAAGAAAACAAGUUUAUGAAUUUUUGGAAUCGCAAUCAGAUGAUUUAGCAAUCAAAUAUCUUGAGCAUGUUAUAUUCAAUGCAGAGGAUAAAACACCUGAAUUUCACAAUAACUUGGUUAUUGCAUACAAAACAAAAGUACAAAAUUUGUUAGCUCUUCAUCAACAUGAACUUCCUGAAGUUGACAAAUAUUCAAUGAAUAGUGGGCCACCAGAACUAAGGGAGAUGAGGAAAAAGUUACUUUCGUUACUUGAAUCUUCUACUAGCUAUCAAGCAGAAAGAUUGAUCGAGCAUUUUAAAAGCGAAGUUUUAGUGGAAGAAAAAGCAAUAAUACUUGGAAGAAUGGGAUGGCAUGAACAAGCAUUAGCAAUAUAUGCUCAAACAUUACGAGAUCCAUCACGUGCUGAAGAAUAUUGCCAUAAAGUUUAUGAACUCAACAAAAUUAUGAAUAAAGAUGUGUUCUUGUGUCUUUUGAAAAUGUACCUCAAUCCUCAUAUUGAAGAUGAGGCUUAUGAUGGAGAUGAUUCUGUGAAACCUGAUAUGAAGGCUGCAUUUCGUGUUUUAGAACAACAUUCCAAUAAAAUUGACUGUGUUCAGGCUUUAAACCUUUUACCUAAUGAUACUGACAUUCGACAAAUAAAGAAUUUUCUGGAAAAUGUUCUGGAGAAACUCAAUGAAAGACAUAGAGAAGCUCAAGUUUUGGAAAGUUUGAUGUUGUCAGAGAAUUACCAAGUUCAUGAGCAACGAAUGUAUCAUGAAAGUAAAAAGUGUGUUAUUUCUGAUGAAAAACUAUGCAGGGUUUGUAAAAAAAGAAUUGGAGACAGUGCAUUCGCCAGAUAUCCGAAUGGUGUUGUUGUUCAUUAUUUUUGCUGCAAAGAUCGAACAGUUGUUCCGCAACAGACAUCAUGACAAUGUGAUAUUGAUAAAAAGUGUUCUUCUAAUGUUAUACCAUAAGCGGUUGUAUUUUGUAUGGAUUGAGUGUAUUUCAGUAUUUCUACUCUUUGUCUGUAUGGACUCGUCAGUUUUCUUCGAGCCUAUUUAUAAUGUUGAAAACUCA